AACAGGAGUCACAGGUCGGCCAUGAGGAAUCACACGCAAGUAACUGAGUUCAUCCUCCUAGGGCUCACAGACGACCCGGACUUGCAGGUGGUGAUUCUCCUGUACAUGUCUGUCACAUACGUUCUGAGCAUCACUGGAAACCUGACCAUAGUCACUCUUACCCUGCUGGACUCCCGCCUCCACAGCCCAAUGUACUUCUUCCUGCGCCGCUUCUCCAUCCUGGAGAUCUGCUUCACCUCCGCCUGCAUUCCCAGAUUCCUGGCUACCAUUGUCACCGGGGACAGGGCCAUUUCCUACAACUGUUGUGCAACUCAGCUAUUCUUCUAUUUUCUGCUGGAGGUGACCGAGUUCUUCCUCCUGGCUGCCAUGUCCUACGACCGGUACGUCGCCGUCUGCCAGCCUCUGCACUACACGACCGUCAUGAGCCAGAAAGUCUGCACCCUGCUUGUCCUCUGCUCCUGUCUGACCGGGUUCCUGGUCAUAUUUCCUCCAAUUAUCCUUGGCCUCCAACUGGACUUCUGUGGCUCCAUAGCCAUUGAUCACUUCUUCUGUGACGUCUCCCCUCUGCUCCUGCUCUCCUGUUCGGACACCGGGUUCCUUGAGCUGAUGGAUUUCAACUUGGCCUUGGGGACACUACUGGUCACCUUGGUGUUAGUGGCCAUGUCCUACACAGCUAUCGCCCGCACAAUCCUGGGACUGCCCUUUGCUCAGCAGAAGAGAAAAGCCUUUUCCACCUGCUCUUCCCACAUGGUCGUGGUCUCCAUCACAUAUGGCAGCUGCAUCUUUAUGUAUAUCAAACCGUCCGCAAAGGACAGGGUGGACCUGACUAAGGGGGUGGCCGUGCUCUACACUUCCGUGGUCCCCAUGCUGAACCCCUUCAUCUACACCCUACGGAACCAGCAGGUCAAGCAGGCCAUCAGGGACCUGGUGAACGAGUUCAAUUUUCCACCGAGGGGUGAUUCUUCAGCGGUGAAAUCCAACGGGAAAAUAUGCAGAAGACACAGAGGGUCAACCAGGGAGACUCGGUCCUAUCACAUGAUGCCUAAGGACGUCUUGCAUGACAUGCCCAACGUCUCCACGGUCUUCAUGAACAGUGUAGCUUGUGGGGAGAUGGAGGCCACCUCGUGGCUCAGUGACGUCUGCUUCAUUCUCAUCAUCGUCUCAUAUGCACGCAUCUUCAGGGCCGUAUUGAGGAUGCCGGCCGCCGUCGUCAUUCUCUUUGUUAUCACUUGUUUCUAUGCUUUCUUGAAGCCACCCUCAGAUUCCCCCUCAGUCCUGGACUUGCUGACGCCUGUGUCCUACUCCAUAACCACCAUAGAAGAAUGGAAAAUCAUACCAGUUUCAAGGACAAAGAAACAGGUGACCAGAGGGUUCUCUUGUCGCCUGGGCCCCGAGGACCCUGGCAAGGCCGCGCAGUGUGAUGGCGGCCGGGCGGGGAUAUUUGUUUAUAUAAAGCAGUCCUCAGACUCCUCCUUGAUCGUGGACCUGCUGGUGUCUGCUUUCCGCACAAUGCAGUUCUUCUGUGAUUUCUCCCCGCUGCUGAAGAUCUCCUGCUCUGAGAACCUCGUCGACAUGGAUGUGAGCAUCUUCG